AUUUUCCAAAUGCCAAGUGUUUAGGAUGUCAUUUUCAUUUUUGUAAUUGCCUUUGGAAAAAAGCAGGAAAACUUCAUGUACGCAAUAUAUUAAAUAAUGAUGGUAACAAACAUUUUCUUGCAUCAUUUUUUGCACUGCCGCUAAUUCCAAAGGAUCAUAUUCAAUUUAUUUUUGAUGAUUUCCAGUUUAAUGUUCCACAACAUCUUAAUAUUGUACGUUUUAUAAAAUAUGUAGAAAAUUGGAUAACUGGUGCAAUUUUUAGUCCAGAUAUAUGGAAUUUAUUCGACUUCAUAGGAUUACGUCCACGUAUCAACAAUCCUAUUGAAGGUUAUCAUAAUAAGCAAAACAGAUAUGUAACAGCUAAUCCAAAUAUACUUCAUUGGAUUAAUUCAAUACAAAAAGAAGAGACCAAUGCUGCAACGAGACUUUUGCAAGAAAUACAAGAUUUCUCAUCAACGAAGCCAAUGGGAUGUAGUCGUGAAGAAUUGAAAAUGAAUUAA